UUUUUUUUUUUUUUUUGGUACCAUAGAGUUGCUCUGAAAACAGAAGAUAGAGGGAGUCUCAGAGCUCGCCAUCUCCAGCGAUCUCUACAUUGGGAAAAAACAUGGAGUCAGCUCCGGCAGCCCCCGACCCCGCCGCCAGCGAGCCGGGCAGCAGCGGCGCGGACGCCGCAGCCGGCUCCAGGGAGACCCCGCUGAACCAGGAAUCCGCCCGCAAGAGCGAGCCGCCCGCUCCGGUGCGCAGACAGAGCUAUUCCAGCACCAGCAGAGGUAUCUCAGUAACGAAGAAGACGCAUACAUCUCAAAUUGAAAUUAUUCCAUGCAAGAUCUGUGGAGACAAAUCAUCAGGAAUCCAUUAUGGUGUCAUUACAUGUGAAGGCUGCAAGGGCUUUUUCAGGAGAAGUCAGCAAAGCAAUGCCACCUACUCCUGUCCUCGUCAGAAGAACUGUUUGAUUGAUCGAACCAGUAGAAACCGCUGCCAACACUGUCGAUUACAGAAAUGUCUCGCCGUGGGGAUGUCUCGAGAUGCUGUAAAAUUUGGCCGAAUGUCAAAAAAGCAGAGAGACAGCUUGUAUGCAGAAGUGCAGAAACACCGGAUGCAGCAGCAGCAGCGAGACCACCAGCAGCAGCCAGGGGAGGCCGAGCCGCUGACGCCCACCUACAACAUCUCGGCCAAUGGGCUGAGCGAACUUCACGAUGACCUCAGCAACUACAUUGAUGGGCACACCCCCGAGGGCAGCAAGGCAGACUCUGCCGUCAGCAGCUUCUACCUGGACAUACAGCCUUCCCCGGACCAGUCAGGUCUUGAUAUCAAUGGCAUCAAACCAGAACCAAUAUGUGACUACACACCAGCAGCAGGCUUCUUUCCCUACUGUUCCUUCACCAAUGGAGAGACUUCUCCAACUGUGUCCAUGGCAGAAUUAGAACACCUUGCACAGAAUAUAUCUAAGUCUCAUCUGGAAACUUGCCAAUACUUGAGAGAAGAGCUCCAGCAGAUAACGUGGCAGACCUUUCUGCAGGAGGAGAUUGAGAACUAUCAAAACAAGCAGCGGGAGGUGAUGUGGCAAUUGUGUGCCAUCAAAAUUACAGAAGCUAUACAGUACGUGGUGGAGUUUGCCAAACGCAUUGAUGGAUUUAUGGAACUGUGUCAAAACGAUCAAAUUGUGCUUCUCAAAGCAGGUUCUCUGGAGGUGGUAUUUAUCAGAAUGUGCCGUGCCUUUGACUCCCAGAGCAACACCGUGUACUUUGAUGGGAAAUAUGCGAGCCCCGAUGUCUUCAAAUCCUUAGGUUGUGAAGACUUCAUUAGCUUUGUCUUUGAAUUUGGAAAGAGUUUAUGUUCUAUGCACCUGACUGAAGAUGAAAUUGCAUUAUUUUCUGCAUUUGUACUGAUGUCAGCAGAUCGCUCAUGGCUGCAGGAGAAGGUAAAAAUUGAAAAACUACAACAGAAAAUUCAGCUAGCUCUUCAACAUGUCCUACAGAAGAAUCACCGCGAAGAUGGAAUACUAACAAAGUUAAUAUGCAAGGUGUCUACAUUAAGAGCCUUAUGUGGACGACAUACAGAAAAGCUAAUGGCAUUUAAAGCAAUAUACCCAGACAUUGUGCGACUUCAUUUUCCUCCAUUAUACAAGGAGUUGUUCACUUCAGAAUUUGAGCCAGCAAUGCAAAUUGAUGGGUAAAUGUAUCACCUAAGCACUUCUAGAAUGUCUGAAGUACAAACAUGAAAAAGAACAACAAAAAAAAAUUAACCGAGACACUUUAAAUGGCCCUGCACAGACCUGGAGCGCCAACACACUGCACAUCUUUUGGUGAUGGGGUCAGGCAAAGGAGGGGGAAACAAUGAAAACAAAUAAAAGUUGAACUUGUUUUUCUCAUG